AGUUCACACUUAGUUUCCUCUAUAUAAGUAACAUCAAACAUCAUUUUAUAACAAUAGUACACUCAGAAUGAUAAUAUACCUAUUAUUGUGAUUAUUCUUUAUAAUUUCAAACUGCAGUGUGUCAUACAUAGGUUGUUUAUAGUUUAGGGUGAACAUAUUUAGCUGGAACAGUGUGUCAAUGGAGAUAUUAUUUUUUUUGAUUGGCACCCAUUAGAAACAUUGUAGCAAGUAACAAUCACAAUACUUAGCAUAUUGUUAAUAUCUCUCUGACGGUGCCAAUCAAAACCAAGCCUUAUUAUCUUUCUCACGGCAUAAUCUUUUAUAAAGCGCUUGCAUUGCAUCUCAUUAGAUUACACUUAAAAUUUGUUUCGCCAAGAUGCAAGUUGUUGAUAUUGAGAAACAGACAUGUCACACACACAUCCAUAAACACACGCAGCAAACAGUAUGUGCAUGCGUGCUAUUACAACCUUUUCUGCUCCCAAAAGCGGCCAAACAUCCCAUCUGAAUGCGGAUUAGGGAUGAGCAUUAAAGCUCACAUUGAGCCUCAUGUGCUUUCUACCCAUCCUGUCCUGCUCGCUACAUUUCUGACAGUCAGUCAAUCGGAGUGGACAAAGCGGUUGUCAACAUGAGCGUCUCUGGAAUCCAUCAAGGCACACUCAGAAUGUAUGGAGGAUUUAUUUUCAAACAAUGGAAGAAGAGGUUCCUGCUCCUGACAGCUGAAGGCAGCCUUUUUGUGUGUCACCACGCUUCAGCUCCACCUGACCAGAUGGUGUCGUUGCAGAGCAGCUGUGAGGCCAUUGUGGAGGGCAAGGAGAUCCUUGACCUUCCAAAGAUGCCUGCCGGCGGGAGCCGAGAUUCCUGCUUCGCUCUCAUCUUGACCCAAAAUAAAUACCUGCUCCUGAUGGCCGACACCCCUGCAGACUGCAGUCAAUGGCUGAACGUGCUGAAAAAAGUCAAACAAAGCGUCUCUUCACCUCUUACUCUUUGCAAGCGGCAUCAGGUGCCGCCGCUCAAUAUUGCUCUGAAAAACCUGGUACCCGAUCAAAUCCAGGAUAAAGAUCCACCGAUCCCACCGAUCAGCAAUGGCGAGGCACUUUCACCAGGGCCUCUGAUUGGCUCCCCAAAGGACAAAGUCAGGGACUCUCCACGCACAAAGUACUACAAAGGAGGCAGGCCCUCGGUGGGCUGCCUGCGUCACGGCACCAUCAACAACACUCAGACGGUGAGGACCGUCUACCUGCUGAUGGGAGGGGCCGCCGCGUCGUCUGCUAUGGGCUACUUGGGCUCGUGCUCGCCUUCCGGUCUGGACGCCAAAGCUUCCGACUUGCCCCUCAGCGCAGAUUUCUCAGAUGUGGGACCGGCAGGGGCGUACCACACCGACAGCCCCGCCAUCACCUCCCCACAAUUUAACAGCUUUGACUUUGAAAUGGCAGAUGCUGAUUUUAACGCUUUUGAUUGUGGGGGGUUUACUUUCUGAUAGUCGCAAGACUCCCCUUCUGUCCCCCCGUGACAACACUCAGUGCAACACGCCAUGUGCUUUGUGCAUGACUACCCACACUGUGUGUGUAUGUAUAUAUAUAUAUA